AUGUAAUCUGAGACACCAACCAGAAAUGGCCUCAUUGGCACUUAGCUACUUCAGUAGUUCGUCACCACUGACGUCUUCAAAAGAUCUUUCUAUCCUUUUCCUCUCCAAGAAUCCUGCUAGAUUCGCAAACGCUGGCUAUCCCAUCAAAUUACACUCUCAUUAUUCACUUCAGUUUCAUCGAGUUGCUUCUUUUCUCUCGCUGAGGAACUCAAGGCCUGCACCUUCAGCCAUUUCGGCUUCAAUGGCUACUGGAAGUGUGAAGGAGGUUCUUCCACCGCCUCUAACUUCUACUUCAGACCCACCUUCAAUCUAUGAUGGAACAACAAGGUUGUACAUAUCGUACACAUGCCCAUAUGCUCAGCGUGUGUGGAUUGCUCGCAACUGUAAGGGAUUGCAGGACAAGAUAAAAUUGGUUCCUAUUGAUCUGCAAAAUAGGCCAUCCUGGUACAAGGAGAAAGUCUACCCUCCUAACAAGGAAACAACGACUGCUACUAAUCAAUCAAUAACAUUCACACCCUGGAUGUAUAAUUACUUAGAGCUUGUACCUUCACUGGAACACAAUCAUGAAGUCAAAGGAGAGUCUCUUGAUUUGAUUAAAUACAUUGACAGUAACUUUGAUGGGCCAUCACUUUUACCUGAAGAUCCUGCAAAGAAAGAGUUAGCAGAAGAGUUGUUUGCCUACACUGACUCUUUCAACAAAGCUCUAGUUUCCUUUUUCAAAGGAGAUGCAAAUGAAGCUGGUACUGUACUUGAUUUCAUAGAAACAUCUCUUUCCAAAUUUGAUGAUGGACCCUUUUUCCUUGGCCAGUUCAGUCUGGUGGAUAUCGCUUAUGCUCCAUUCAUUGAAAGAUUUCAACCUGCCUUGUUGGACCUAAGGAAAUAUGAUAUCACUGAAGGAAGACCUAAUCUGGCUGCGUGGAUUGAGGAGAUGAACAAAAAUGAGGCUUACAAUCAAACCCGGCGAGAUCCUAAGGAACAUGUUGAAACCUACAAGAAACGCUUUUUGGCACGGCUCUGAACUCUGUUUUUCUCUCUCCAGCCAUGAAGUCUGAUAAUUGAAGUCUGAUCUUUCCUACUGUGGGCAACCCGUGCAUCCCAGUCAGAUUUACAGUUGCCUUCAUAAACUUUAACAGGCCCUGCAUAUCCUGUGAAGGGUCAUGGUAGGAUGCUAUUUCCAAUCUUCUUUUUCCCUAAAGUUCAACAACAUGAAGCUUCUGUGCUACUUUGUUGUACCUUUAUCUGUGCCUCUUCCUCAAUGCCAUCUUCCAAGUUUUCCUUCUCCCACAUUUCUGGCUUCAAUGGGAUGAACCAACAACUCAGCAAGUUUUAUUGCAAUGCAAAAUCACAAUAUGCCUACCAGUUUAUUAAAAUUCAUUGCAUUUUAACAAGAGAACCAUAGAAGGCAACCAUUUUGGGUUCAACCCAAAUGCAAAAAAUCAAUAAAUUGAACAGAUUAGACUCUAGUGUGAGACCAAUUAAACAGAUAGAAAAACUAAAUAAUGUUAUGUUUAGUAAGAUGUAUGCAAUGUAAUGCUAUCAAAUUCCUUUUUAUGA